AUGGGCGCUCAGGGCCCCGGCUGCGCUCCGCCUAUGCCCGAGGGAGGCUCAGAGGACCGAGGGCCGCGGUCCGCGGCGGGCCCGAAUCAGACACCUCCGGGGCCACGUGGCCCUGAGCCACGAACGGGAGUGGGCAGGGGGGGCGCCGACAGGGGGCGGGCCUGGAGAGGCCCAGGGCGGGAGGGCGCCGAGACCUCCGCGCCCCUCACCCCAACCCCAAGCCCAGGCAUGCACGCCCGACCGGCCGCUCGGGGUCCCGGAAACACUCCGGGCCCCCGGGCCGGGCCAGGUUUGCUGGCCAGGGUUACUGGUGUGCGGGGACGGGGAGGCUUCGGCCGGGCUGCCGGCCCUGGCCGGCGCGCCCCGUGGAAAGGUGCGGCCGGCUGGCUCGACACGGCACAUCAGAGCGAAAAGGAGGCGCAGCGCAGGGUUUUUAAAGGUGCCUGGCGGCAACCGCCUCCAUCUAAGAUCAUACCACCCUGA